AUGGCAGGAUAUGACAGGCGGGACUGGAAGGCCUUGGAGCUGCCCCCGCCAGAGCCUCGCCCCGAAACUGAGCCGCUGGUGGAAGAUGCGGAUGGCAACGGAGCGGGUUGGAGCGCCAGUUUCGGGCGACGCCAGGCAGAGAUCUCAUUGCUGCAGAACUUGGGUCUGGUUUCGUCCACUUCCACACCUCGGCUGUUGUUGGCGUUAACCCCCUUGGGUCGAGUGCUGUCACGGCUGCCAGUGGACGUGGGUGUAGGCAAGCUGCUGCUGCUGUCGCUGGUUUUUGGAGUUCAGAGCUCUGCUGUAGUGCUGGCCUCGGCGUAUGGCCUGCAUUCGCCCAGGGUGCAGAAGCAGGGGGAACGCCAGGGAGGACGCAGCCACUUUGAUCACCGCCGUGGGGAUCUCUUCACCACGCUGCGGGUCUACCAGAGCUGGCUGCGCGAGCGCAGCCGCUGCGAGGGCGGCAGCGAUGCGCGGAGCCGGCGCUGGUGCCGCGAGCAUGGCCUGGAUGAGCGGCUGCUAUUUGAAGUGAACAAGAUGAACAUCCAGCUCUGCGACCUGCUCCGCGACGGCGCCGGCCGUGGCAGUGAUGGCGGCACCGGGCUCGGCACGGCGCUGCGGAAGAUGCGGAUGGCCCGGCUGCAGGAGAGAAUGGGUCAGUUGGAUGGCAGACUGUCUGGUGAGGAGCGGAAAGCCCUGGAGAUGGAGCUCGAGGAGUUGAAGUCCCGCGAGGCGGCGCGGCAGCGCAGGCGCCUGGAGUUUGAAGAUGGGGACGGCGUCUUAGCCGAGGACGAACGUGGCCUGGGCUACUCUGUGAAAGACCGUGACUUUUAUGGCAGUGAUGGAGAGGACGUGGCCAAUGCCAGCGGCGGUGAGGGCAACUUCAAUCGCGAGCUGAACCGCCGCAAGCGCCGCAAGGUCGCCAAGGCGAAGCCGUCAAAGGUGCGGCUUCCCGAGAACGACGGCCUGGCGGAGAGGAUGCGGCGCCGGAACGUGGAAUUCGAGCUGCGCUAUGGCAACCAUCGGCACACCAUGAAAGCCCUUGAGACGCUGACAGGUCAACAGGAAGAGUUGCUGCAGCUGGUGGUCGCCUUGGCGUUUUAUCCCAACCUCGCACUGCCCAGCGAGAAUAACCGCGAGCGCUGCAGCGCCGAGUGCGUCUUCCACACGCGGCACGUGCCGUUUGUGAACCUCCAUCCCAGUAGUGUUUUAUACCCUCAAUUGCCCACCUUGCUGGGGCCUCAUGAUGCCUUGGCUUACGGCAGCAUUCUGCAGACGCAUCUACCCUUCAUGACCCACGUGACGCGCUGUCCCGUGGUGCCGGUGGUGCUGCUGUGUGCAGCCCGGGUGGAUGUGACCAAUAACUGCAGGAUGUUAAUCUGCGACCAGUGGCUGCAGCUAUGUUUCGAAGAUGGAGAUGAUGUGCAGUGCUUGGUCGAAGAUGCGAUCGUACUUCGACGCUCUCUCCAACAGAGUUUAGAUCAGGAGGUUCUGGACCUCUUCGAAGCCUUCAGCGACGGCGGCCUCAGCAGCGACCUGAGCGCAGCUACCGCGCCCUGUGUGGGCGCUGGAACGGUGCCGCAGCGCUGGCGAAGCGCGGUGAAGACGUUGAAGGGACAGGAUUUGGUGGUCAGGAUCCUAGGUUUCUGGCAACGCAGCUGGGAGUUUAAGUGGCAGGUGCUCAUGCCGAAUGAGUACAUGGCCUUCCGCUGCGACGACCCUCUGGCAGAUGAACCCGAUUUCGCAGGUGACAGCUGGCUCCACUACGGAAGCAUCUCUGAGGCAGCGGUGAAACCCGAGAGCUCCCUGGUCUCGGACCACCUGGCCAUGGCCUUCUUCUGCCCGAGCUGCCAACGCACGCUGCGUUUGAACCGCCACGGCAUCGCCCAGCACCGCGCAGAGUGCGGCGCAGCCCCCGAGACGACGGCAGCGAUGCCGGCGCGCUGGCGCUGCGAGAAGUGCGACUUCACCUUGCCGGCGGAUUGUUCGGCACUGGAGAUCCUGAAGCAUCGCAGAACGCACGGUUUGAGAACUGCUCCUUGCCGGUGCUGGGGCUGGGGUGAUCAGCAAGACGAUGACAGCGCCCGUGGAUCGCAUACGGAUGAUUUUCCAGGUGCACAGAAAGCGGAGCUUUACUCUGCGAGGAUUGUGGAGAAGUUCAAGGUCAUCAGGGCGUUGGCGUAUCAAUGUGAGGGUCAGGCGGCUGAGAUGUGGGAAUGUGCAGCCAUGAUGCAGAAGCUUGCGAAGGAGAUACAAACUUUGCUUGGUGCAGGCCAAGGAUACCCACAGAUGCAGGACCAGGAAGAGGACAAUCUCUUGGAUGUUUUUGCAGAAGUUCGCGAAUCUGCGGAGAAUAUGGCCCAUGUAGAUGCAAGGUCACUCUGGCAAUCAGUGUGUUGCAGAGUCCUUGCUGCCAGUCGAAGAGCUGAGCAGCUGCUGCAGCCAUUGCUGCCGAUGGAGAUUUCCCCUGAGGAGGUGGGUCCACAUGCCGCUGAGUCAGUUGCCUUCACGCAUCUGACAGCUCAAUCUCACAAUCAGGCCAGCCUUGAGGGAAGUGUUACCGCAGCAACGGCGAGACAGACACUAGGGGAAGCUGAGGCGGCAGACUUUUCUGAAGAGAACUUUGGGGGUGGGACGGAGGCACAAAUGCAAGAGUUGAAGGACAAACUGCUGGAGCUGCAGAACGAACGCAGAUAUCAAGAUCAGCCAGACAUUGCUGUGACACUUUAUAGGUUGGGCUUGCUGAGUAGUCAGGAUGGAGAUUUCAAGGGAGCGAAGCAGCAGCUGCAGGAAUGCUUGCGAAUGACACGCUACUUAAAUGGAGAUAAGGAUCACGAAGACAUUGCUGCUAUACUUCAUCAGUUAGGCGUGGUGAGUGGCCAGGCUGGAGAUCUCGAGCAAGCGAAGCAGCAGCUGGAGGAGUCCUUGAGAAUGAAGCGAUCCUUGCAUGCAGGUAGGGAUCACGCGGACAUUGCUGCAACACUUCAUGUAUUGGGCUUAGUGAGUGGACAGGCUGGAGAUCUCGAGAAAUCAAAGGAGCGACAGCCAGCUGGAGGAGUCCUUACGAAACAAGGCCCCCUUGAAUAGAGAUAGGGAUCACCCGGGCAUUGCUGCGACACCGUGUGCAGUUGGUCAAUAUUUGGCGAGAGCUUUGAAAGCUCUUGUAGCCUUUUGCCACGGGCAUUGCAGAAGACUUUCCGGAGGAUCAUAGCCUUGGCAC